AUGCAAAGCGGUUCGUGGCGCCACGACCGAUACUACCGGGAAGCGUCUCCUGCAAGCCGGACACCCCUGCCAUCCACCUCGUCUCCUGCCACCACCUUACCUCCAAUCUCCUCGGUGACUCGCGGGUCUGACCUCGAUCGUGGUCGCAAAGCUCACGCCUCGACAUCAUCUUCGUCUCCACCGCACACUCACCGUACUUCGAUCGCUUCGUUGUCGAGCCCCUCGUCGUCAAAGUCCUUGUCUUCACGCUCGAGUCCUCCCAACGAACCUGUGAGCCCUCGCGAAGGCGAACCGCUUCUCGCAUACCCUCGACCCCUCACCAUGGCUGCACCGCGCUCGCCUGCACGUCGAACACCCUCAUCAGCGACAGCCAGUUCGCACCAUCACCUAUCAACCACGGGUGCUUACGCUCACUCGCACCAUCGCUCUGAUCAGUUGCAGCACUCUCGGCACCUCGAGGAUGGCUCGCAUCUCUGGGGGGACGGCAUGAAGGGUAUCUGGAACAGUCUCACUGGGGCGCCGCAUGGCAAGUCGCGCUCUCCUCGUGUGCCACAGUCCUCCGGCAAAGGUGAACAUCUGGAACCUGUCCGUGCCUCUGAGGUCGAGGCUGCUACCUCAAUUUGGGACGUUCCCCGUGACACCAUCGCGAUGACCAUGGGCUUCCACGGCAAUUACGAGGAUCAGCCAUUCCAGCAGCACCAUGUUUGGCAGCAACAGCAACAGCAGCAACAACAAUCACAGUCGGCUUCGUAUCCGGCUGCUGAACAGCAUCAGUCCUAUUCCAGUCUGCCUGCACCUUCGGGACUCGCAGGAGGAACAUCCGCCGAUGGCUCUCGAUCUCGCGGCAACUCGGACGUCGCUCCGGCGGGCGAUCGUCACUAUUCACGCAGCAGGCCCAGCUACCAGCACGGUCGAUCUUCAGAUUCAUUUGCUGAUGCUCCUCACUCGAGCCAGUGGUGGCCUGCCGAGUCUCAUGCAGCGCCUGAAGAUGCGCCGAGUCACUACGGCAACCGACGCUUGCAGCCUCCGCCGCUGCCAGAGACGCGCACAGCAUCGCGACCUGCCUGGACCAACCCUGGCGGCUUUGAGAUUGGCGGCUACGAGUUCCCACAGUCGACGUUGGGCAAGCGACAGUACGACGAGGAUGCCAUGGCUGGAUCUGCGCACGGGGCCGCCGGCGAAGCCCACGACUCUGCGACGCGCAGGUACUCUCUUGCCGCCAACAUGUCGUUUUCGAGACCGUCUGCUCCGAUCAGCGGCAUGAUGAGCGGAUACCGCCCUUAUUCUCACAGCGAUCCUCGGCGACCCUCGCUGCCCUCGGAUCAGUAUGGAGCACAGCAGUCGCCUGCGGCCUCUUCGACGCAGCGCAGUGGUGCUGGGUAUCCCAGUGCACAGUGGAGUCCGUGGAGCCAGACGACCUCGCACUCUGGCGUCGCUGGAUCUAUGAGCACCUCGAGCUCUUCGCCCAACCCGGCCUGGCGCGACACCUCUGCUGGCGUGCGCUACGGCAUCGAAGCAGGCUACCCUUCGCCCAGCGGUCUUGCGGGCACCGUCGACAAGCGUCAGCAGCGCGACCGGUCGUCGUCGUCCGCAUCUGCCGUGCAGCAGGCCAACGUUCUCGCCAAUACUCCGUUCCACAUCACCACGGACAUUGUGCUGCGAGCACCGGCGGGUAGCAAGAUGGAGGAUGUGUACUACGACCAGCAUUGCGAGCUUCGAACGGGGAUGGCGGACCCGCCGAAGGAGGACUUCGAGGUGGAGAACGAGGAGGAUCGUCCACGACGUCAGACGGACAAGCUGCGGUUUCCGGGUGAUCUGUAUACGCCUCGGUGGGUGAGGGGAUCGGGGAAUGCGAGGGAGGCGUGGUGCGAUCGGUGCGAGAGUGGCAACUGGUUGCAGCUGAAGAACUCGCAGUAUUGGUACGACCAGGUGCACAAGCAUGGGAUCUCGUCGGUGUCUGGGUUGAGGUUCACCGCGCCGACGCAUCUCAAGGUGUACGCGGAUGCGGCGGGUACCGUGGAGGCCAAGUGUCAUCAGUGCAAGGAGUGGGUGUUGAUCUGCACGGCCAAGAGGAGGAGGAACUUUGCUGCGUUUUUCAAGCAUGCGCAUGCGUGCCAUUCGUACAGAAAGGCGAGUGCUGUGGGUAACGGCCCGUAUGUGGAGCACAAUCCGGGCGGGCAUAGGAAUGGGAAGAAGGGGGAGGGGUCAGGUUGA